ACGAACGAAUUUACCUAUUGCUUUCGUUUGGUCCUUACCGGCGAAGAUGUGGAAAUGGGAUUGGAAACUUGGGAAGCCUUUUCAACGGAAUUCCGCGGCGCCGGCGCCACUACCUCACCAAUCACUACUAAUUCCACGCUUCACUCUCCACCUUAUAUUACAUACUCGCGAGCACACCGCUCUACCACGCAGCAUUCACAGGCAGCGGUGCAAAUCAGGUAAAUGGAGGACGCGGGGCGGCUUAAGAGAGUGUUUGUGGAUGCCACGGCGGGAGCAUUUUCCGGCUGCAUAUCGAGGACUAUGACGUCGCCGCUCGAUGUAAUCAAGAUCAGAUUCCAGGUUCAAUUUGAACCCACUUCUAAGUGGCCAUUGCUUCACAAGAGUGUUUAUCAUCAACCUUCUAAGUACACUGGGAUGCUGCAAGCAACUAAGGAGAUCUUUAGAGAGGAAGGCUUUCCGGGGUAUUGGAGGGGUAAUGUCCCAGGACUUCUGAUGGUCAUGCCAUAUAAUGCCAUACAAUUUGCAGUGUUUCACAAGCUGAAAACCCUUGCUUCUGGAUCUUCAAAAUCAGAAGACCACAUUAACCUGAGUCCAUUUCUUUCCUCCAUCAGUGGGGCAUUAGCAGGCUGUGGAGCCACUGUCGGAUCAUAUCCACUUGACCUCCUAAGAACAAUAUUAGCUUCACAAGGGGAGCCGAAGGUCUACCCAAACAUGAGGUCUGCAUUUGUGGGAAUACUCAGAAGCCGCGGGGUUCGAGGCUUUUAUUCUGGAUUGAGUCCUACCCUUGUGGAGAUCAUUCCUUAUACUGGUUUGUAUUUUGGAGCUUAUGAUGCAUUCAAGCGCUGGACUGUGGCGCGGAACCGUCUCAGAUCACCAUUAUCAGACAUGAGGGAAGGUGAUUUUUCUCCUUCGAGCUUCCAGAUCUCUCUCUGUGGUUUGGCUGCUGGAACGUCUGCUAAAGCUGUUUGUCAUCCCCUGGAUGUAGUGAAAAAGAGGUUUCAGAUUGAAGGACUGAAGAGGCACCCAAGAUAUGGCAAUGGAGGGGAGGUGAAUGCAUACAGAAACAUGUAUGAUGCUCUCCAUCAGAUUAUAGUCCAGGAGGGAUGGGGUGGCCUUUACAAAGGCAUUCUUCCAUCAAUUCUUAAAGCUGCUCCCGCUGCUGCUGUCACAUUUGUUGCCUAUGAAUUUACAUCUGAUUGGUUAAAUAGUUUGAGAAUUUGAGAUAAUAAUGUAGCAAAAGGCAUUGUAACAGUUUCUUAAGGUUAUGUAAUAAUAUAAAUAAAGAUUUUUUUUAUUUUUA